AUGCACCUGCGGGUACUUAUCCGAGGCACGUCCAUGUUGAAUGUCGUCAAGAAGGUCCACUGGGAACCCCGGGCCAUCGUCGUGGAACUCAAUCACGAGAAACUCCAGGCCGUUGUUCUCCGUGAUGCUCACUGUGAUGGUUACCUGAACAUGGUCGAGGUGGUGCGUGCAGUUACUCAUGGCGUAUCGCAGGCACUCUGGAAGGGACUUGGCGUUAAGGUAGGCGUUCUCUGUGUAGAGGCCUUCAAAACGUUGACAGACCGCAACGUCGUUGGCAACACACUGAGCUCCAUAAUCCAUGAUCACCUGACCGAGCAUCUGUCGUAUGUUCACAACGUGCAAAUCCUCCGUCGAGGCCAUCAUCGCACGACAUGUUGUAUCAAAACUGCUCAGCACAGAAGCAAUUUGGUGCAGACGUUCUUCAUAGGUGCAAUCACCAUCCUGAAGCACAGUGCUAAUCUGAUCUAG